ACUGUAGAUGUAGAUGCAUUGCUAUGUUAUGAAUCCGUAAGCACGGUUCGGACAGUAGGUCAAUAAGGUGAACCGUAAUCGACAUACCGGCAAACAUAGGCGUAGCCCACGUAGAGAUCAUCGUUGUAUGAAUGUGGUUACUGGCUCUAACUAUCGUGAUAAUCAAACGGACAGCCAAACAGUCUGAGGAACUGCUCCCCGCUGUAAGGAACAAUAAGAUGAGAAGCCUAGCUGCCAUAAGUUGUUUGUUGAUUGUGAUUUGUUUGAGUCCAAAUCAGGCUAAAGUUUUUCAGAAAUGUGCAUUGGCAAAGCUGUUGGAUAGUCAUCAAAUAUCCAGGACGCUAAUUUCAAACUGGAUCUGCUUGGUUAACGCCGAAAGUGGCGCCGAUACGACGAAGAAGGUUACCUUGGACAACCAGACUAGCAACUAUGGAAUCUUCCAGAUCAACAGCAAGGAUUGGUGUCGCGCGGGACGCAAAGGUGGCAAGUGCAACAAAAACUGUGAAGCAUUCCUGACCGAUGAUAUUAGCGAUGACAUUGAGUGUGCGAAGCAAAUACACAAGGAUCAAGGUUUCUCCUACUGGAAGGGAUGGGUCAACAAGUGCAAACAGAAACCCCUGCCGGACAUCUCCAUGUGCUGGAACUAAGUGGGGGCGCAGAGUUUAAACAAAGCGGACGGAAAUCGGCGGGUGGUUGAAUGAAAAUGUUUGGUUCGGAUGUUUCUAAAGUGUGUAGUUAACAGUGGCCGGAAAUCGAAUGACUUAAGAGAAAAAAAAUGAAAUUUAAUAUU